ACUUGGAAGGGGACGUGCCGCCGUCGACGCGCAGCUGCCUCGCACGAUGGACGGCUUAUCCGUGGGUGGCGCGACCAUCCCGCAGCCCCUCGAGGGCAUCCUCGCGGCUGUGCGCAACCCGAAUGGCGCGACGGUGACGCGCAAAGAGAGUAAGACCUCGAUGCGCCUGCGCAAGAACGGCGUGCUCCCGUACCAGGCCGCCGUCUGGUGCGCCGAGACGGUCGGCGACCGCGUCCGCGUGACGCGGCCGUGCGCGGGCUGGCUCGACAAGGCGGACAUUAUCGAAGGGCAGAUCGUCGUCGUCUCCGCGGCGGGCGGCGCGACGUGCCGCAAGGACCUGGAGCUAGACAGCGACGUGGUGGCGGAGCUGGCGACGGACUCGCGGGUCUUCGUCACGGAGCAGGACGAGACGCGCGACGGCAAGCUGCGCGCCAAGGUCUUCUCGCCCGUCGAGGGCUGGGUCUCGGUCAAGUGCCUCGCGCCGAUCUGCGACCGCUCCGGUAAUUUAUUAGCGGCGGGCAAGGCCAUCCUCGAGCCGGCCGACGUGAACGACAAGCAGGUCCAUUACUCGCACUACGUCGAGAUCAACCACGAGGCCAUGUACAAGGCGCUCUGGGACUCGGGGCUCCAGUACGGCCCGGGCUUCCGCCUCUGCAAGAAGGCCUACCGCACGGACACGGACGCCGUCGGCGUCGUCGGCCCGCUGCCGGGCGAGGCCGUCGGCUGGCUCGUGCACCCGGCGCUCGCGGACUCGAUGCUCCACCUCACGGCCGUCGCGCCCAAGCCGCCGGAGGGCGGCUGGCCCUGGAUGUCCGACGACGAGAAGAACGGCGUCGUCCCGGGCGUCACGGACUAGAUUUUUCCUCCCCUCCCCCCCGCUGUAACGAUCACAAAAA